GAUCAACACUCAGCAUACCUUCGUAAGGAGCUGACGGCCAUGCGUGACAAGUACAUUGUCGAUACCCGCAUCCACUGUGCUCUCUUCUUCAUCAACCCUACGGGUCACUCCUUGCGCCCGAUCGAUAUCAUCGUCAUGAAGAAGUUGUCUGAGGUUGUCAACGUUGUUCCUGUCAUCGCCAAGAGCGACUCUUUGACUAUCGAGGAGAGGGACAACUUCAAGAGCAAGGUAAAUUUUAAUUUCUGUGCUUCGAGGGUCGAAUACUGA